AUGUCCCCCACGGCGAUGAAGCUGCGCGAUGCGGCGCGCGGGACGCCGCGUCGCAGUCCUCCUGCCCCCGCGUCGUGGGAUGACGUUUCGCCCGACUCCAAGUGUCCCAUUUGUCUGGACCGCUUCGACAACGUGGCGUAUUUGAACAGCUGCCUGCACCGCUUCUGCUUCGGGUGCAUCCAGGAGUGGUCGCGCACCAAAGCCGAGUGUCCUCUCUGCAAGCAGCCGUUCGCCUCCAUCCUGCACUCGGUGCGCUCCGAGGACGAUUUCCAGAAGUACGAGCCUCGCGUGGCGGCCAGGGCGGCGGCCGUGGAGUUGAGGAUCAUUCGGUGGAGGCGGCGAAGAGGCGCCACGGGGAGCGAGGAGGACGUCCUCCCCGAGGCCGGCGCGGAGGAGCGCGGCGGGGGCGACGCCGAUCGGCCGCCGCCGGAGUUUGCCGCACGACUGGCUGUCAGGCUGCGUAUGCAGCGGGAAGGCUCGGAGUUGCGGCGCCUGAGCGAGAGAGAGACCUUGACCUUUCGCCGCGGCCUGUAUCUCAGCGGAACACGCGCGCGGCGGGUGCCCGGCGUGGGCCCCGACUCGCCGCCGCGCGACGUCACGGCGGACGGCUUCUGCCGCGACCCCGCUCAGCUGAACCGACUGCGGACUUGGCUGUGGCGCGAGCUGAAGGUCUUGUUGGGCACGCGGAACGGCGGGCUGGCGGGCCGCUUUCACCGGCUCUUGAUCGCGCGAUUGACUCGCCACGGCUUGGAGGACGCGGCGAGCGUGGAGCGAGAGCUGCGGCCGGUGCUCUUAACCCGAACCGAACAUUUCUUACACGAGCUGCGCUGUUUCGCCCGCUCGCCGCUCGGCAUGGACGAGUACGACCUGCGAGUCCAGUACUCCCCGCCCGGCGGCGACGCCGUAGUCAUCGCUGUCUCUGAGGACGAGGAGGCCGAAGGGAGACACGGGGAGGAGACGGAGGCGGUCCCGUCCGACGCCUCGGCCCCGACGUCGCCCGCUGUCGGGUCCGUCCGGCAGGAGGACGAGGCCGAAUGCGUGAUCGUGGGCUACAAGAAACCGCUGGCCGAGCGCACGCCGGAGCUAGUGCGGCUCUCGUCCGAUUCGGAAUCCUCCUCUCCCGCGGUUCCUCCGUCCGCAGCCCGCCCGGAGAAGGAGCCCGCCGCGAGCUCGGGGCGUGCGCGCGGUCCACCGCCCGCCGACAAAAGCGAAAAAAAGAAGAGGAAGAGGAGGAGCCGCGAUCGAUUCGAGAAAGGCGGCGAUACGGCCACGCCCGGCCACGCACGGCGUUCGGGCCCCGAGUCCGGCUCGCCGAGCCCCUUCAGAGUUUCGGAAUCCGGCUGGGUAUUAUCCUCGUCUUCGUCCCCGUCCUCCGUCCGCUCCUCUUCGCCGCCGGCCCGGCCGUCCUCGUCGCGCCCCGUCGGGGAAAAGCCCGGCGGGAAGAGAAAGUACAAGAGCCGACACCUGAACGAGCGCGGCGGCAAGCGUCGGGGGAGAUGCCGCGAUAGGAGUAGGGGCGACAGGUGA